UGGAACAGAUGUGGAACUCUGUGGACCCAACACUGACAAAGUGAGAGGGACGUUUGGGUUCCUCUUUGGAUUUCCAGCCCGCUGCUCAACCAUGAGACUGGCCCUCCUGGCCUUGAGACUGAUGGUUUUGGCCAGGUUGUGGCCCGUCACCCAUCUCAACAGCAGCACUUUUCCCAGUAAGAAGAAACACAAGGAGUUUUACGUCGGGGAGAACACCAAAGUAAAGAAUGGAGGGCGUGUGGAUCUUAAGACGAAAAAGCAAGACAGCACCAAGUCUCUGCUAAUUAAAUCUGAGCAGCUACUUCGGAUUGAUGAUCAUGACUUUGCAAUGCGCCCAGGCUUUGGAGGUUCAGCUCUUCCAGUUGGCAUAGACGUUCAGGUGGAGAGCAUUGACAGCAUAUCAGAAGUAAACAUGGACUUCACCAUGACUCUCUACCUGAGGCAUUACUGGCAGGACGACCGUCUGGCUUUCCCCUCCAGCAGCAACAAAAGUCGAACUUUCGAUGCACGCCUCGUCAAGAAAAUCUGGGUCCCGGACGUGUUUUUUGUUCAUUCCAAACGCUCUUUCAUCCACGAUACAACCAUGGAGAACAUCAUGCUGAGGGUUUAUCCUGAUGGAAACAUCCUCUACAGUGUCAGGAUCACUGUGACUGCACUUUGCUCAAUGGACUUCAGCAGUUUCCCUCUGGACACACAGAACUGCUCUCUGGAGCUGGAGAGCUAUGCCUACAAUGAGAACGAUCUCAUGCUUUACUGGAAGAAUGGAAACGAUUCGUUACGGACAGAUGAGAUAGUGCUCUCCCAGUUUUUUAUUGAAGACUUCCAGCCUUCCUUUGGACUUGCCUUCUACAGCAGCACUGGUUGGUACAAUCGACUGUACAUAAACUUCAUCUUAAGGAGGCACAUCUUCUUCUUCAUGCUUCAGACGUACUUUCCUACCAUGCUGAUGGUGAUGCUGUCAUGGGUAUCUUUCUGGAUAGACAGGAGGGCCGUACCUGCCCGUGUCUCUCUGGGCAUCACCACAGUUCUGACCAUGUCCACCAUCAUCACCGGUGUGUCAGCCUCCAUGCCGCAGGUGUCUUACGUCAAAGCCGUAGACAUCUACCUGUGGGUCAGCUUCCUGUUUGUCUUUUUGUCGGUUAUCGAGUAUGCUGCGGUCAACUAUUUCACCACAGUGGAAGAGAUGAAGAAGCUGAAGAACGCAAAGAUCCCCAGCACCUUCAACACCAACCAGGCGAUGGCUUUUGACGGGUGUUUCCACGAUAAUGACAUUGACCUGGCUCCUUUCCCGGAGGUCGACAUCACCCCAAACACUGACAGAAGCACCGAGUCACAAAACUCCACGGCCUCUGCACCCCCAGAUGGAACCAGGCUCCGCCGCAGAAACACGUUAAAAUACAACAUGAGCUUCAUCAUGAGCAACAGCUACAUGAUCGACUCGUACUCCAGAGUCCUGUUUCCCUUGGCAUAUCUGCUCUUUAACAUCAUUUACUGGAGUCUGUACGCAUAG